UGACAGCUUCUCUUUAACCUCUAACACUUUGUGCUUACUUUACUAAAUAAACAUUUCCUCAAACUGUCUGAACUGUGAGGCGACCCGUGCGUCCGCGUCGCAGCUUUUCUUCGCGUUUAUACAGUAGCCGUGUUCAACAUGUCAGGGUGGUGUGCCGAGGACAGAAGACUUGGUCCACUGAAAGCAUCAUGACAGACACCAGCGGCAGCAUGCAGUCCAGGUGCAGUGGACACAACCUCUCAGACCUCCAGAUGAAGGUGGACUUCUUCCGCAAGCUGGGUUACUCUCCACAGGAGGUGAAGGCCGCCCUGAGGAAGCUUGGCCUGGGGACGGACACUAAUGCGGUGUUGGGAGAGCUGGUCCGGUCCGGGGCGAAGGCCGUGCCUCCCUUCAGCUCAGAUAGUGAUGAGAGUGUACCCGCUCGUGGAGGAGCAUCUUCUAGAGGACAGUGCUUCUCCACGCCGGACGACACGGCUGAAGCAGACAGUGAUCUAAGACCUAUUGUUAUUGAUGGCAGCAAUGUGGCCAUGAGUCAUGGGAACAAGGAAGUGUUUUCAUGCCGAGGGAUCCAGCUGGCAGUCAACUACUUCCUUGAGCGAGCACACAGGAACAUCACAGUGUUUGUGCCGUUGUGGAGGAAAGAACAGUCCAGGCCCGAUGUGCCCAUUUCAGAUCAACACAUUUUAGAAGAGCUGGAGAGGAAGAAGAUUGUUGUGUUCACACCUUCACGAAGGAUCGGAGGAAAGCGGAUGGUGUGCUACGAUGAUCGUUUUAUUGUCAAGCUAGCUCACGACCUGGACGGUAUCAUCGUGUCCAACGACACAUAUCGGGAUCUGCAGAGUGAACGUGCGGAGUGGAAGCGUUUCAUUGAGGAGAGAUUGCUCAUGUUCUCCUUUGUCAACGACAAGUUCAUGCCACCGGACGACCCUCUCGGCCGCCAUGGGCCAAACUUAGAUCAUUUUCUUCAGAAAAGAACGGCCGUAUCAGACCAGAAGCGUCAACUCUGUCCAUAUGGUAAAAAGUGCACUUAUGGAAUUAAGUGUAAAUUCUACCACCCAGAGCGCACAAACCAGUCCCAGCGCUCGCUUGCCGACGAGCUUCGAGAAAACGCCAGGCUGGCCGGAUCUAAAGAGGACCGGAGAGGAACCGGGUCACUCAGAGACAGGCAAAAAAGAUACCCCGACCCCGGCUUUGGCUCCUGCUCUCCGUCUUUGGAGCAAGAGUUGGAAGAGAAGCUCAGUCUGAAGUCAGAGAGUUCCCGUCAGAGACAGCACGCACUCCAUUCGUGGGAUGACAUUUUCUCCACACUGCCGACCGGCGCUCCAUUCCCAACAAACCCUUCAUCCGUGAUUAGUUCAGACUCUGGGCUCGGCUCCUGUGAAAGCCAGUUUUCUUGUUACAGUCACGAGGACCUACCAAAGAUAAGACCCAAUCAUCCCUCCGUAUCCGCUGACCCGGCCUUACCUGCAAGCGACCCGACGUACGGUUCCAAUUCCUGCUAUCCGCCCAACUUCAGUCCCUUCAGCUCUCUCCAGCAUUACAGUCUCCCCGCUUAUCACCAGCAGAACGGCUGGCCGUACCCUUUCUACAUACAACAGAUGCACGCCAGCAGCUUACCAGAACCCCUCCCCUGCCACAGCUUCCAGAGGUCUCCUGACCGCCACAGAGGUCCGCAACACUCCAGCACGUCCCAGGAAGAACGAGAGGAGGUCAGGAGGAAGCUUUAUGCCAUUUUUAACCCCCAUCAUGUGGACCGAGCCAUGGAAAUGUUCCCACAGCUAAAGGACGCACAGCAGCUGGCUGCGGAGGUUCUCAAACUCAAGUCGAAGGGGGAGUUCUUCUGAAUCCUGGAGACGUUGAGAGCGUAUUAAACUGUGCUGUCAUGGUUUGACGAGAGGCUCUUUAAAGACUUAUCACAUAGUACAUGUGGUAACUGUGUAUGACUAGAAAGUCAAACCUUUCUCUCUCUAUAAAUAGAUGUCGUCUUAUUUUAAAGGUUGAUGCACAUUGCAUCAAUUGUUGCUGGUAACUUGUAGCAAUCUGUACGUACGCCUCUUAAUGUGGUAUUGACAGACACACUAAUAUACGUUCAGCAGUUUUUUGUCAUGACUCUAAUGGCAGUGGAUAGAAAUAGUUCUGCUUUAUUAAUUAUGGGAUGACUGAGUGUGAUCAUAGAAAGAGUGCUGGAUGUGACUCACCUGUGAUAUCGUUGCUGUACUUCCUCCUUUCGUAUCUGAACGCUGGGAAUCCCCCACAGCAGAUUUGGAUCAGAAUGCCAUUUCCUUGUUUUGAUUUAGGGACUCGUGCAAGAGAAACAAUGCUCUUCAUGUGCCUUUGUUUUAGCAUUUAAUGUCGUUUUGGAUGUUCUCUGUGUGACAGUUUCAGUACUCACAAAAUAAUGCACAUAACAAAGCUUUUCAAACUAGACGUCAGUAUUUCUGCUUCCACUGUAUCACAACAGGUGACAACAUACUCGCACUAAUAAUCAUGUGCCAAAAAGAGCCUUAAUGUUAUAAAUGUAACAAGCAUCCUUUGAAACUGCUAACAUUUUAACAUCAUGUCAUUAUUAGAAGAGUUGUUGUCAUGAUGUACAAUCUUCUGUUGUUGUUGUCUCCCUGUUUUCAGAUGCGACAUGUGACGUGUGUUUUAUGUAUCUUAUACUUUUCUUUGCUAGGCUGAUAUCUGUGUUCAUGUGAACUCAUUGUAACACACAGUCAGUGGCUUUGUUUUCUGUGCUCUGUUCUGCACAGACACAACAGAGGAGUGGUGAUGAAAUGCAUUGGCGAAGAUGUUUCAUGCUGGUCCAGUGCUGUUCAUGGGAUCCUUGUUAAAACAAUAAGCCUCUAAGAAGCAGUGGGUUACCAGGGUAUUUAAUAAUGGCUUGGAAUACCGGUCAGCCAAUCAGAAUCAAGGACCAGAACUGACUGUUUUGUAAUUGACAUAAUUCAUCCAGUGCCUUAUGAUCUUUAAUGUGAACAAAUGAGAAGUUCUCAGUUGUAUAUUGGCAAACUCAAUGUAUGAACCGUAAUGAAAAUAAAUAAAAUGAUAAGUGUCA